UUGUUAAGGUUAGUCGCUUGUCGAGGUGUCACCUCGUGUGAUCGACAAAUGGAAUUCGCAAGUUUCCCAUCUCAUGUGUUACACCGAAUCGGUUUUGAACCGCAUCUCUUUACAUCGACAGCAGUUUUACAGCAACAAUUACAAUACAUCAGAUAUACUGAACCCUUGGAGUUGACACAGUGUCCUUUGGACUUGAGUUUGAAAAAUCAGGCUCCUAUAACACCACCAUGCACUCCAUCCCCAGUUGCCAAGAAGCCUAGGAGUCCAUCCCCGGAAAUACCAUCGAAAAAGAAGUCCACUAACAUUCCGAUAACACCACGUAAAGUAAAAGCAACUCGUAAACUCAAUUUUGAAGAAGACAAUUCGUCACCUGUUUCGGGAACUAUCAUACGUGAAUUGGGCCCAAAUGAAACCCUUGUGGUGCGUAAAGGGGACAUAGAUCCAGCUUUUAAUGUUGUAGAAGUGACGGAAGAAGCUAAGGCUGAGCUAGCGAAAAUAGAAAACAUAAUUGGUGAAUACGUAUGCCGGUUAUGCAAAGAGUUAUACGAAGACGCGUUUGGUUUGGCUCAACACCGCUGUUCCAGGAUUGUACACGUGGAGUAUAGAUGUCCAGAGUGCGAUAAAGUUUUUAACUGCCCGGCGAACCUUGCCUCUCACCGUCGUUGGCACAAACCGCGACCCAUUAACAACAAUAACAACACUAAGGAAAAGGAUUUGGAAGAUGAUACGGGGGAACAGUUUCCUUGCACGGAAUGCGGUAAAAAAUUCAGACGUUUAGCCUAUCUUCGAAAACAUCAAACAAUUCAUCAGAUCGAAUGACAAAGGCUUGUUCCAGUAAGGCCUAUACCAAGGAUGGCGAGACUAUGGAGACCACCCCCGUUACCGCCCCUCGCUGUAGGGCAACUUGUUGCCCCAGAACGGUACGUACCAAAUUUGUCUUGGUUAACACAUUUCUAACUUGUAUAUUAUGUAUAUAUGUUUAAAUGUAUAUUUUUCAAUAUCUGGUCAGCAAGAUUUUGUUACUUUUAUUAAAAAC